CCAUAGAAGACAUAAAAUGCCCGCUCCCAUUCUUCGUACUCACGCCAAUACUAUCAUUAUUAUUGCUCGUACAGACAUGCAAAUCGUAAGCCAUGUUAUCUAAUACACUCACUCCUCCCGUCCCCCUCACGCAUACUCCAUGUCUGAAGGAAGUUGGAGCUCAAACAGAGCACCUCCAUUGCCUGCUAUAAUUAUAAUGAUUCCCCAACAAGUCCCACAUUUUCUGCUGCACUUUACCCGCCCAUGAAUGUUCUGUGGGAAUCAGAUCCUGUAAUUCAUGGGACUGUAGAUGAAUAAGUGUGCUAUAGAUCGGGUGAAUUGGGUACCAGAAUCUCCCCUAGUGAUAGUUCAUGCUUCUUCUGUUUCCAAUUGUGGGCUCUGUUUUCCAUGGUGGGUUUUUGUUGCAGAGCUGGCUGACAGAUUCUUAAAAUUUUAGUUUUUUUGGCUGAAAGUGAGUUUUCUUGAGGUGGGCAUGUUGUGAUCGUGGACUUCGUUUUCUCAAGGUGGUCGUAGAGCUUGCAGGUCAGAUCACCUGCUCUCUGGUGUGGUGGAGCCCUUUCUGCAAGGGUUAACCAUAAGGGCAUUCUAUCUAGAGAAGCUGCAAAACAGCUGUUAUGGUAGAUUUGUCUUCAAUUUAUCAAGAUAAUGGUGAAGCUGAAUUGUUGGGCUUCUAUUUAUUGCUGAAAGGUGCAGUACUGUGGGUUGGUUCAACUCCUCUGAUUGAUCUCUGAUCAAAUUCCACAGUAGCUUGCUCUGUUCUACAGUGGAUUGUAUGCUAAGCUUAGUAUACCUACUCUAGAUAGAGGCCACAACAAAUCUGAACCUGAAAUUGUAAGUAUAUCAGUCAACAUCUCAGUUUGCUUGGAUUUACUUGUCUCACCUUACACAGCUGUUUGCCUUAAGCCUAUUUUUCUGCCUAAUUUAGCUGUACUGGAAAACACUUUUUCCUACAUACUAAUGCCAUUUUUGUGACACCUAGCCUAGCUGGAUUGCAUAGUUAUUACUCUUUCCAAGACUAAGUGAAUGAAUGUAUCACGAUCCAUGCUUGAGCACUUGUCAUUGAGUCUUGUUGCAAGACACCCAAGACCCAGUUUGUCGGUGGCUUACAUUUUGCGAGGCACUAGAUCAGCUAUAGAAUCAUUAAUAUAAUUACAUAGUUAAAACGCAUUUAUCGCCUCCAUUGCCUGCAAUUUCAAUGCAUUAUCCAUCACCUUCCUAAUUUGUGGAAGUCCUGAUUUGUGGAAGCCUCAAUUAUAAUUAGGAUUCCUAUUCAUUGUGAUUGCAUUUUACUCUGUUACUUAGCCCUGUCAGUUGAGCCUGCCAACUACUUUUUGGAUCAUUUCUUUUGAGCCAUCCUUGUAAUCAUGGGUCUCUUCUAAAGUUGUGGGCAGAACUCUCAGAGAAAAUCUUUCCUACCCAGGAUCUUAUGCUCACAAUUGUCCUGGAUCAUUUUCUGCAAGCUCUUGCAGUAUCAAUCAUAAGCCUGCCUCAGAAUUGUCCUGGGCCAUUCUCAGCUUGCAGUAUCAAUCAUAAGCCUGCCUCAGAAUUGUCCUGGGUCAUUCUCAGCUUGCAGUAUCAAUCAUAAGCCUGCCUCAGAAUUGUCCUGGAUCAUUCUCAGCUUGCAGUAUCAAUCAUAACCUCAGUACAGAAGCUGAAAACAAUGAAUGCUGAAGAUUUCAAGCAGAGGACCGGUGUGGGUGCAGAGUCACUAAGGAUCAAUCACAGGCGGCGGUUCAGUCUCACCUCCCUCUCACUCACAGACGAUGCAAAUGCAGAGGAGGGCAACAUUCUGGGCUUAGAGACAGAGAGCUUCAACUACAAUUAUGCUCUGAUUUAUUCCUCUGGAUCAGGUCGCCACAAGCGAAGCUCCAGCCUUUCUUCCAAUUCCUCUUCCUCUUCAUUGAGCUCCCCAUUGUGGUCGCCCUGCAACUCGGCCAGUGCCUCACAAGCCGCCAUUCCCUUCUCAUGGGAGGACAAACCCGGCGUGCCCAAGCAGAAACCAGAUGCCUGUGACGCCCGAGGGCUUGAUCUUCCCCUGCCCCCAUCAUCGGAGCAACCCAAGGGAACGGAGGAUGAAGCCCGCCGCUCUCUACUGGCCCGCCGGGGUCUCAGGUGGGCGAACAAAAAGACCGAUGACCCGUUUGUGACGGCCCUUGUGGCCUGCACCCGUCAAGGCAUAAAUGAAGCCCGAGUGGGCAGGGGAGGACGCCAUAGCCAUGGCCAUGGCCAUAGGCAGGGGCAGAGGCAGGGGUAUUCUUGCAUGAGGGCUUGUGCCACCGUUGACGCCCACAUUGCCGUGCCUCGGAAGCAAUUGAUGAAUGCCCAGGCAGCCCACCCAAUUUCGAAGCAGCAGCAGCAGCCGCCAUUGGCCUUCAUCCACUCUAGGACCUGGGACAUUGAGCUCUCACAGAGCCUUCUGCAUCGGUAGAUGGGUCUGCUUGUUUAUUUUUUGUUUAUUUAUCACUGUGUCAAUUUUAUUUAUUCCAAUGUGUGUCUGCACGAGCCCCAUGACUUUCAGUUUGAAUUUGGGUGGCUUAUCAGUUUGCUUUUGCUGCUUCUUUCUUUGCUCUGAGUCAUUCCAUGGACACCAGGCUCAUGGUUCAUGACGUAUGUGAUGUACAACUUAUUUAUUAUUAGUUAAUUUAAGAAUUGACAGGGAUGGAUAAGUAACCAGAGAAAUUGAUGCCCAUCGAGAGGAGUGUGCCAAAAAGUAGUUUUGCAGCUUUAUGCUCAUAUUUUUAGUGCCUGUAAUUGUCAAUGCACUGUAGAGGGACCAUCCAAAAUUUGGAAGUUUUGCCAAUAAAAGAAAAUAUCUGUACUCAGAUAUUUGCUUC